AGUCAUGUGCAGGUUUGUGCCUCUAAACACGCCUGAUCAGUUGGCUAGGAGCAUCCUGUCCGUUUCAUUACCACUACUACUGAUGCGUUUUCCCGUUCUGCUCCGAAGACGUUCUAGAAUCUAGCACGACUACAAUUAAGCCUGAAAUUAUACGACUAUUUACGGGGCCCCUAUUGAGUACCACCGAGUGAAGCGAUCGCUACAGCGUAACCUGCGUUAUUGCUGGCGGCGUGUUUCUCGUGUCGUAGGCCUAUAAUUCUGUACAUAUUCCGCUUGCCCAGUAGCUCUUGGGAAUCGAAAGCUAAGAUUAAUAAGAGGCUGCUAUGUGCGCAUCUUCGACACAAGAGAGCGCUCCUAAACGGGGGACGGGUUGCAGCUGAACCGCAAGAAAGGAUCCUAGAGUCAGUAGACUACAUAUAAGCGCGUACUUGAACCAUCUCCCUCUAAACAAGGAGAGGAGAGAAGAUGCGUUGAAUUACUUACAAAUUAACACUCUCUCUCUCUUAUUUUCAUUAUUGUGAUUGAAAACAGAAAUAUAUGUCGCGUAAUUUAUUUAUUUCCAAAUUGCAGCCUAUAUUUGUAAUUUUUGUUUUGUGUAUUAGGUAUAUUUAUUAGCCUCAUUUGAAAACGAAGUAGGCCAAACAAGGACCAAGAUUGGAUGCAGAACUUUUCAAGAAGAUCCCUGGUUCCGGUGCGUCUCCAACCCUUCUGACAGAAGCCCAGGAGAAGAAUUGGAAGGGGAAAAAAGACCGUGGGACCGAAUAAAAUUUAAUCUUGCCUGACAAAAAGUUACCAUGCUCGGAGAGGGAGAGAGCAACACCUUUCCUUUCCCCAAGGACGCGCUCCGCCCGGAGGAGAGGAGAAAGUCCCCGGUGGUGGGUGCAGAUGACCCGGCUAUGGCCGGCAGCGCCAGCCGAUACACCGACGGACUCGGGCCAGACCGCUAUUAUAUCUCAACCCCAUCCAAGCAAACUGGAGACAUGGCGAGUCCAUGUUCGUUAUUCCCUUAUUCCCAGUCCGGUACCGUUUACACGGCUUCCGGCGGAUCCAGAUAUUCGACAUCGCUUCACUUCAGCUCGGUGUUGCCUCCCACGGGAUUCUCCUCGGCGGGACGCAAUCAGUUCGGCUCGGCCUACCAGUUAGGACAGGGUGGAUGUCUCUACCCUCCAUACAGCACCGGGUCCGGGAUCGGCUCGGUGCCCCUAACCUCAGGCACGGGGGUGAGGGCUCAGGUCUACCUCUGUAACCGGCCUCUCUGGCUCAGAUUCCACCGUCAUCAGACCGAGAUGAUUAUCACCAAACAGGGCAGGCGGAUGUUCCCGUUCCUGAGUUUCAACCUGAUGGGUCUGAAUCUCUCUGCUCAUUACAACGUGUUUGUGGAGGUCACGCUCGCGGACCCCAACCACUGGAGGUUCCAGGGCGGGAAAUGGAUCACCUGUGGAAAAGCCGACAACAACAUGCAGGGAAACAAAAUGUACGUCCAUCCUGAAUCUCCCAACACGGGAGCACAUUGGGUGAGACAGGAGAUCUCCUUCGGCAAACUGAAGCUCACCAACAACAAAGGAGGCAGCAGCAACAACGCACAGAUGAUAGUCCUUCAGUCUCUUCAUAAGUAUCAGCCACGGCUACACAUUGUUGAGGUGACCGAGGGGUUGGAGGACAUGAGCAGAGACCCAAAAACCCAGAGCUUCACCUUCCCAGAGAACCAGUUUAUAGCCGUCACGGCUUAUCAGAACACUGAUAUCACACAACUGAAAAUUGACCACAACCCUUUUGCAAAAGGAUUCAGGGAUAACUAUGAUUCGAUGUACACAGCUCCAGAGGGCGACCGACUGACCCCCUCCCCCACAGACUCCCACCAGAUCGUCCCAGGUGCCCGCUACGCCAUGCAACCUUUCUUCCAGGACCAGGUCAUCAACAACCUGCCUCAGAACCGCUUCUACAACAGUGAGAGGACAGUACCCCAGACCAACAGUCUCUUUUCCCCCCAGCCAGAGGACAGCGCCUCCCAGAGGUGGUUUAUCUCCAUGCAACAGGGACCAGCUGGCCCCAACAAGCUGGAUCUCAGUUCCUACGAAGGGGACUACUCCAGCAGCCUGCUCCCCUACGGUAUUAAUUCCCUGCCUCUACAGAACUCCCACGCUCUCACCUACUACCCGGACUCUCCUUUCACUUCCAUGGCAGCAGGAUGGGGCUCUAGAGGAUCUUACCAGAGAAAGGUGACCACAGGCUUGCCUUGGUCCCCUAGACCCAGCCCUACUGGGUUCCCAGAGGACCAGCUGUCCGUGCCCGACAAAGACAAGGCUCAGGGGGAAGGGAUCAACGGCAGUAGUGUUGGUACCGUAGCUUCAACGUGGACUGAUACUCACUCUUCCACGCUGAGCCUGGAGAAAGAGGACUCUGGGGCCGUGGUGUGUAAAAGGAGUCGUGUGUCUCUGAGUGGAUCCGGCACAGAGAACUCCUCCGCUGUAAAGUGUGAGGAUGUGACUGCCACUGACACCUACAGCAAAGAGUCAUCUAUUUCUAAAAGCAUGGCUUACUAUUCCUUCUACACAAGCCCUUAAUUAUCUUGUUUCUUGUCACCCUUUAAAAAAAUCUAUGAUGCCAGAUUUUCCCCUUUUGUAUUUGUUUUGGAGUUCCAAGUCUGUUGGUUUUCUGCCAAACCAGUGCUCACCUAUACCAACCUUACUCACCAACCUUACUCACCAGGUAUACCAACCUUACUCACCAACCUUACUCACCAGGUAUACCAACCUUACUCACCAACCUUACUCACCAGGUAUACCAACCUUACUCACCAACCUUGCUCACCAGGUAUACCAACCUUACUCACCAGGUAUAGCAACCUUACUCACCAACCUUACUCACCAGGUAUACCAACCUUACUCACCAACCUUACUCACCAGGUAUACCAACCUUACUCACCAACCUUACUCACCAGGUAUACCAACCUUACUCACCAACCUUACUCACCAGGUAUACCAACCUUACUCACCAACCUUACUCACCAGGUAUACCAACCUUACUCACCAACCUUGCUCACCAGGUAUACCAACCUUACUCACCAGGUAUAGCAACCUUACUCACCAACCUUACUCACCAGGUAUACCAACCUUACUCACCAACCUUACUCACCAGGUAUACCAACCUUACUCACCAGGUAUACCAACCUUACUCACCAACCUUACUCACCAGGUAUACCAACCUUACUCACCAACCUUACUCACCAGGUAUACCAACCUUACUCACCAACCUUACUCACCAGGUAUACCAACCUUACUCACCAACCUUACUCACCAGGUGUACCAACCUUACUCACCAACCUUACUCACCAGGUUUUUCAACAACAUGUGACGGGACUGUGUGAUUUUUAACUAUCUAUGAUGGACUGUGUGAAUUUUUCUUAAAGGUGCCAGAGUAUUCGAUUACAACCCAGCGGGUUGUGUUAUAAUGUGUAUUGUCCUUCAAUGUACCCAGUGAUAUGUGUUUUUACAAAAUAUGCCUUCACAUUGAAGUUUUGUUUACAUAUAUGUGACUACUGUAUUGAAGGCUUGUGCAUAUGAUAUUUGUUGCACUGUAAAAUGUGAGGGAGCUUGUAUCAAAUAUACUGUACAUUGCAAUGUUAAGAGUUUUUAUGUUUGUUUUUUUUUGUAAUAAAAAAAAAGCUUUGAGCUUCGUUAUCCAACUA